GUCUCGUCAGCUGUUGGAAGAUACUUAGCAGGCCGCUCUGCGCCUCCGUGUCAAGAGCGCAUCUACUCCAUUCGAGCAGCAUACGAACAUCUACUGUCAAACAGCAUCGCUCACCGCCGCCGUCCUGACCUAGUCAAUCCAUCGUCUUCCUCCUCCAGCCACACACGCAGCCAUGCAUCUCGAAAAGAGGGACAAUAUGGGGUUCCUCAUCCCACCGUCAGCCAUCGUCCUCCUGGUGAUGCUCGGCGCUGGCUGCCUCGUCUGCUGUGGCUAUGCCGUGUGGCGACUCAUGGAGGGCUCUGAAGGCGCCACUGGGUUCAAGCCUCGCACUGUAGAGCAGGAGCAAUACAUGGCGGAUGUGCGGACAAGGAAUAUGGAAGCCCUGGCAUACGGAGUACGACAAAGUCGGUUCGGACCGAAGCGAAAAGUUGAUCCGAGGGAUCCUUUCCAGGAUGAAGACCGCAGCCAGGUAAUGUCAGGUUGA